AUGACGGCGGACUUGGACGAGAAGGGGCUCAAGGGCCAAGGGGUCACUACAUCCACCGAUCUUGCUCCCCAUGACAGCGAGGCGAACGAGAACCUUCAUUAUGUGAGGCGUGGAGAAGACCACGUAGAUCCCUUAGCAAGCCAGGGAAGCAUCAAUGGAUACGACCCAGAGUUGAUGAACGGCAGGACACUCCUGACAGUGGAGGAAGAGAAGAAGCUGCUGCGGAAAAUCGAUUGGCGAUUGAUGACACUCUGCUCGUUGAUCUUCAUGUUCAAGAACUUGGACGGAAAUAACACAUCAAAUGCCCGAAUCAUGAACAAAGGCACCGAUCAAAAUAUCAUGACCCAGCUCGGCUUAUCCUCCAACGAUUACAGUCUGGUGACUGUGGUUUACUAUAUUCCUUAUAUUGUUCUAGAAGCGCCCUCAAACUUGUUGCUCAAGAGAUUUUCGCCGUCAAAAUGGCAGUCGCGCAUUAUGAUCGGCUGGGGGGUGUUCCUGAUGUGUAAUGCAGCCGUGAAGAAUAAAGGCGGGUUCUAUGCGACACGCUUCUUGCUCGGGGCAGUACGUAUUACAACCUUCGAGCAGUUCGGAUCAUUUCUCACCUUCCCACAGGCAGAGGCAGGCCAAUUUCCGGGGGUCAUUCUCCAGAUGACAUAUUGGUACCGGCCCGACGAGUUGUCCAUCAGACUCUUGUAUUUCUACAUCUGUGGCAACUUCUCGGGCAUCUUCAGUUCGCUGUUAGCCUAUGGAUUCGACACCGUAUCGGGCGCUGGGGGUCUCUCAGGAUGGCAAUGGCUGUUCCUCGUCGAGGGGAUCGCAACCGUAAUUUUCGGAGUUGUUAUUUGGUUUCUCUUGCCAGACUUCCCCGAGACGGCCAAGUGGUUGACGGACAGGGAGAAGAAGGAGCUGAACUUCAACUUCCGUGAAAUCAUCGACUCCAUCAGGGAUAUCCGACUCUGGCUGUUCACCGCGAUCUGGGCCACUUUCACCGUGGGGACCGAGGGCGUCAAAUUCUACCAGGCUACUGUCAUUUCCAACCUGGGUUUCACGACCAUCGCUGCUGCGCAGAUUCUCAAUAUUCCCAUCACUGUCGCCGGCCUUCUGCUCAUUGGCGGCACCGGCAUCAUGGCGGACCGCACAAAUAUUCCGCGACCGCUGUACCCCCUCACGUUCCUGGUAGGGAUUAUGGCUUGUUAUGGCGUAUUUGUUGCUUAUCCGAGCGACGGGGCCAUCUAUGCGGUGACUUUGAUCGCCAACGCAAUCCACGAUUCGUGGUUCCCGAUCAUGUGGCCAUGGCGUGUGCAAACCACCGCCCGUGCGACCGGAUCUGCCUUUUCCAUCGGGUUUGUGAACAGCUACGGCCAGAUCGGCGGUGCCAUCGGGCCUCAGAUCUUCAGGAGCGAAUACGCCCCACAUUAUACAUUGCCUUUCUCCGUGGCCAUCGGACUGAUCGGCCUCUGUACCAUUUUGACUUUGAUCACCUGGUGGAUCACUCGCGAAACCGAGAGCGAGACCAGACGCUUGAAGAUGGCGAAGCUGGCAGCGGCCAAGCGGGGAGAGACGAUUCUGGAAGAUGUUGUCGAUCGCGAUCUGAAACAUGCUCGCAAUAGCUAG